AUUACACAAGUCUUGCAAGCAGUUUAAAACAGUUAUACUCACUAUGUUUUCCGGGUUUGGGUCUGCAAUGUUUGGUGGUGCUUCUUUUGCACCUAUGAAUAAUAAGUUUGAGGAGUUUUUCCGAUGCUAUCCAGUUGCUAUGAUGCCUGAUAAUAUCAGGAAAGAUGAUGCCAAUUUUGGAGGUAAGAUCUUUCUACCACCUUCAGCAUUGAACAAAUUGACGAUGUUACAUAUAAGAUAUCCGAUGUUGUUUGCAUUGACUAACGAAAGUGAGAAUAUUACAACGCAUAGUGGUGUUUUAGAGUUUAUUGCUGAAGAAGGAAGAGUUUAUAUUCCCCAAUGGAUGAUGCAAACAUUAAGAUUAGAACCAGGUGGAUUGAUAAAGAUUGAGAAUUGCGAUUUACCAUUAGGUAAGUUUGUUAAAAUUGAACCACAAUCAACUGAUUUUUUAGAAAUUCUGGAUCCAAAAGCGGUAUUGGAAAAUGUAUUAAGAAAAUUUUCAACUUUAACGGUUAAUGAUAUAAUUGAAAUAAAUUAUAAUGAUAGCAUUUAUGGGAUUAAAGUCUUGGAGGCCAAACCUGAAAGCGGUAGUCAAGGGAUCUGUGUUGUUGAAACCGAUUUAGAAACCGAUUUUGCACCUCCAGUGGGAUACGUUGAACCCGAAUACACUCCUCAAGUGAAGAAGCCAGGUUCAACACCAAUUGACCCAAGCAAGGUUAACCGAGGGGUCGGAGCGGGAAGUAUGUCCAGAUCAAUAGAUUAUGCAAAGAUUGUAGCAGAAGCAUCUAAUCCCCAAACACAAUCCUUUAAGGGAUCGGGGUUAAAAUUAUCAGGUAAACCUUCUGAAAAACAAGAUAAAGACGAAGGGAAGAAGAGUUAUAGCAUUGAUGAUUUGGAUCCAGAUGCACCAGCGGUUCCAUUAAAUUUACCGGAAAAUCAAUUAUUUUUUGGAUUCCCAGUUAUACUACCUACGCCAGAGGAAACUGAAGAAGAAGACACUAAUGCAAAGACCAAGGAACAGUCUUUUUCAGGAGCAGGUCAAUCGUUAAGACAGAGUAAGAAAAGAAAGGAUAAGACCAGUAGUCAUCCAUCACUCAAGAACCAUUCCAGAAGUCCUGACGUGAUUGAAAUUGAUUAGAGUAAUCAGGUUAAGUGUAUAGAUAGCUACAUAUAUAAUGAUAUUAAAUGCUUCGUUAUUAG